GCUUCUUGUAGGCUGCAGUGCUUGCUGGGAUCAAUCGUAGGAUGACGUCACGCGAGAACAUCUUCACCAGCAAACUAUCACCGCUGACCGAAGAAACACCCUCGCGGCUCGUGUCACUKCAGAAUUCACCGAGCAAGAGAUCUCGCCUCACUCCAUCUGUAGUCAACACGGUCAUCGAAACCCAUUCUCCUGAUAUCUCUCGACCAAGUUCACCAUUGAACAUACCAAAACGUCAAUCUCGGACAGUGUCACCCAAUGACGGCACAUUCUCCAUGGAAACCUUACCCCCAUCCACACCGGUCUUUUCRAAGACCCARAAGUUCACUGACCUGGCUGCUCGCAGACGCAUGUUGAUCGAUGUGAAUGCCGCUUCRAACAGCAGCCUGAGAAACGAUGACGUAUCAUCUAAGAUUUCUUCAUUGGUGUCCGUGCGUGACUUAGAGCGUGAGACAUUUCGUGACAGAGCCUUGGAGUCCAAUCUGGGCGGGCAAAAAUCRUCUGUGAAGGCAUCACUUAGYAUGACUGACCUGUCUGUCAUCGAUAAAAAAGCUAUCGAUGAGGUUUCUGUUGACUCRGUGCCGAUAAYAAGAAGGAAAUCGAAGAAUUCAAAGGCUGAGCGUACAAAGACGCGUCUGACCAAAAGACAGAGGUCGGCAUCACUCGAUGACGUCAAAGUSCACAAAGCCAAGUCACGUCAAUCUCGUAAAGGACAAUUUCCCGACAGUACAAGAAACCGUACAAAUAAACACCAGUCCUCAAACAAAAURCGUGAACGAGUCAGCCUGGUAACUGAAGAUUCCAGUCCUUCGCAUAACUUAAAAUCAAAACGUUCACAUGUACCCAAGCCCCAUUACCCAACUCGACACAGGGAAUCCACAAAGCAAAGAACGAAAAUACAAUACAAUGAAUUCCCAGACGGUGAACUGCAGUCGUUCCGCUCCAACGYGACUCCACCGUCCACCAUCCAACAACUUGGUACUCCACCCGGKAGAGGAUUGACUGUUCAAAAGAGACACCGCGCUCCCCCAGAAAUUACGGGCUCAGAUUCCAACCAGUCUACACCUCGAUUAAAACCUCGAAAGAACCACACGAWUGGCAUUUCGGUKGACGGUCUUUCUGUCAGYGGUUUUGCCGUGAAGCCAUCCAAACAGUACGGAAGUCGUAAAUAUUGAGAAUGAAUUGAUCACGUGACAAUUAUUAGCCGCCAUCUUGAAUACUCCAGUUUCGAGUUCUCUUUUGUGCAAGCUUAGCUUCAAUCAAGCAUAAACUUUUAUUGCCUUCUUUGUACACAGAGUGCUUGCAUAAAAUAGAUUCUCUAUUAAAUAAAAAAAUAUAUUAUCGUAUGAGGAAUUGGCUGAUCCCAUUAAAGAGUGCUCAAUACAGCCUUUUGCAAAAAUUAUGAGA